GUCACAGAGGGAUGGUUAUAAAGGGAAACGCAGCCUCAGACUGCUCAGAUACUGGCACCGUCUCUUAAACAGCGUGUGACAGACAACAAGCAGCACAAGUCAAAGCAGGAACCGGAGGCAGAGAUGAAGCUGCUCCUCUCUCUUCUUUUAGUCUUGACCUGGGCCUACUGCCAAGGAAGCCAAAUGAAAUGCAAAGACCCCAGUGAAGAGUAUCUGAAGAAUAAACUUUUCCGCCAAGCACCUGAUGCUCAAAUACUUCUCUUCAAGCCUGAUAUUACCCCAGACCAGGACAUAAGGAAAUGCCCGAAGAGUGUUAACCACAGCUCAAAUCUCAUCCAAGAACGGAGCAUCUCACCAUGGUCCUACAGAAUCAAAGAGAAUUUAAACCGCUACCCGAGACACAUACUGGAGGCCUAUUGCCUUUGCAAAGGCUGCAUUUCCUCUCCCAACAAGGAGCAAACCUCGGUAGUCAGUGUGCCGUUUCAUAAAGAGGUGCCCGUCUUGCACAAGACCCUAAAAUGUAAGAGAGGGCGGUUUGUCUACAAGCUGCGGUUCAUACGAAUAGCCCAACUGUGCAUCUGUCGCUUUCACUGAGAUGGAUUUGUAGAGCCUUCUGCCCUGAGUUGGGUUUCUCUCACCAGAGCUUCUCUUCUAGACAGCCUCUAAGGAAAUAGUUUGAUCUAAGCAGAAAAUCUACUGUGCUGAUUAAUAAAAUCUAAGGAUUUCUGUACUAAAAACACUGUUUAUGCAUAUGCUACCGAGCGCCUCAA